AUGGCGUUUAAAAGGAUCCAGUUCUUUGUCCUUGGGGCUGGCUACGCUUUUGGUGCUACGGUCAAUACCACCGAGACGACCAAAGAAUUCAUGCAGCUCGUGAUGAAGAAGAUGCUAAAGAAAAUUGCGCAAGGCGCGAAGGCAGACGUCGAGAGUGAUGAUGAAGACGGACUACGCUUGGUAACCGCAAACCAGCUUCGGUAUUACAAGAUGGAGCACGCCCAAGGUUCGUAGUUUUAUUCCUAUAUACUGUUAAUCAGCCACUAAUGUGACCAUCUCGUGUGUAUCAUUAAGAGCGACUCCAACUUUUUGCCCAAUUGAGGUGGGUUUGCGCCGUCGUCGCUGUGUUGUGUGCUGCGUAUCUCUACGCUGUUGAUGAAAACGCCUUGCGCGGCUUCGUUGAUGAUUUCACGUCGGGUAACGGAAGGAUGUGGACGGUAGCCAUCGAACGCCUAGGCUUGUGGCUGUUUUCGGUACUGGCAGUGGUCAUGCAGACGACGAAAGACAGCUACGCGAAUGUGAGAGCGACUCUCGAGAAGCGUAUUGACUACGCUGUGAUAAUCGACGUCGUUUGAGUGGCGAUGUCUACCUGCGUCAAUACUGACUGCAACAAGUCUCAAAACGCGUCCACAUUUUAGUUACCCACAGCUUAUUUAAUAACAUUCUUAAAAUAUUUUGGCAACAAG